GCUGGGGCGUCGAAGUUUUCGCGAGACUAUCAAAGUCGUCUAUGACCCUGGUCUGGAGUAUCUUUGGAUAGACUCCCUCUGCAUCGUGCAGGACAACCUUGGUGACUGGCGAAGAGAAGGCAGCAGGAUGGCGUCCAUAUAUCUGUCCUCGUAUCUUACAAUCUCUGCAGCGUCACCUCACGACUCUUCAGUUGGAUUGUUUCCAGUCACUUCAGCCCAGAAACAUCUUCCACUCUUAACCCAUGCCUGGGUAUUUCAAGAGAUGAUACUAGCCCCUCGGGUCAUGCUCUUCACCGUGGAUGAGAUCGUUUGGCUGUGUAUGUCUCAAUCAAAAUGCGGGUGCGAUAAAGAUCUUAGGAAGUCAAUAUUCGGCAAACAUAGCCAUCUCAAUCAACAGGGAUUUCCGAAAACACGAUGGCACGACCUAAUUGAUCAGUACACGAAAAGAAGCCCCACCCACGAAAAGGACAUCUUCCCGGCCUUGUCAGGCCUCGCACACCUCUUCGCAUCACGCAAUUAAACAAACUAUCUGGAUGAGUUGUGGGAAGACUCGCUGCUUGGAGGUCUGAUAUGGCGAUCUAAAAACGGUCGCACAUACCUCAGACCCUCUAUAUGGCGGGCUCCCACUUGGUCUUGGGCCUCCAUAAAGGGUGUGGUGUGUUGGCCGUUCAUGUUUAAGUACAGCUGUACCGCGCGGGCCAAGGCCCUUUUUCAACCGCAGGGAUGGAUAAAUUCGACGAUUUGGAAUCUGGCGCUCUCUGGCUCACAGCGCCAGCUGUGGAGGUCGCCCUCGCCC